UUGGGUCGUAGAGCUGACACGUCAGAUAGCCGGGUCACAACAUCCCUCCCUGGAUUCGGGAACCUCACCCAGGGAUACAACAGAUAUCUCAGGCCAAAAUUUGGUGGAGAGCCUGUGGUGAUAGCCAUGAGCCUUGAUGUUGCAAGCAUUUCCAGCAUCUCUGAGAGUGACAUGGACUACACGGCGACAAUAUAUUUGCGACAACGCUGGACAGAUCCUCGGCUGGUUUUUCAGGGGAACAAAAGUUUCACUCUGGAUGCUCGGCUGGUGAAAUACCUGUGGGUUCCUGACACGUAUAUUGUGGAGUCUAAGAAGUCUUUCUUGCAUGAGGUCACAGUAGAGAAUCGGCUCAUACGGCUGUUCUCUAACGGCACCGUCUUGUAUGCUUUGCGGAUCACUACCACAGUUGCGUGUAACAUGGACCUGUCAAAAUAUCCCCUGGAUACGCAGACAUGUAAAUUGCAGAUGGAAAGCUGGGGAUAUGAUGAAAACGAUGUACUGUACACUUGGUUGAGGGGAAACGAUUCGGUCCACGGCCUUGAGAACCUGCGACUUUCUCAGUACACAGUGGAGCAUUAUUACAGCCUUGUAACAAUGUCUCACCAGGAAACAGGCAAUUACCCAAGACUAGUAUUGCAGUUUGAACUCAAGAGAAAUAUCCUUUAUUUCAUUCUGGAGACGUACGUGCCAUCCACCCUCCUUGUCAUAUUGUCUUGGGUUUCUUUCUGGAUCACUCUGGAUUCCGUUCCGGCAAGAACAUGUAUUGGAGUAACAACUGUGCUCUCAAUGACAACUCUGAUGAUGGGCUCGCGAAACGCUGUGACGAAGACCAACGGUUUCAUAAAAGCCAUUGACGUUUACCUGGGCAUCUGUUUCACCUUCAUAUUUGGUGCCUUGGUAGAAUAUGCAGUAGCUCACUAUAUUGCAUCGCAAAAGCAAGCAGCCUCUGAAAGAACAGUUACCAGAGAAGCGGAAGAUGUCACCAAUAUCUUUUCCACAUCUGUCACCAGCUACAAUCAAAAGAUAAACUUGAGUGCCAUCGAUAAUAUCGCCUACAGUGGUUCGACUAUGAAACCAAAGGACAAAAUUCGGUUUCUUUUGAGGAACAAAAUGCGCAGGGUUGUCAGCUAUUUCACAAUUCAAAACCCAGGCAACAUCGAACACUACUCAAGGUUGCUCUUCCCUCUGUGUUUUUUGGUAGUCAAUUUGUUUUAUUGGGUUUAUUACUUAUUCUUUUAGCAAUAGUAAGACCAUUUUGGCUUGUGGUGGUGAGAAGGUCUUGCCUGUGUUGGCUCCCAGUCGCUACGAAUUGUUAUGGGUGUGACUAUGGGCACAUAUCGAGAAUUUGGCCUAAACCCAACAUUGAUUGUAUUGUAUCAAAAGCCAAAUCUUGUACAGAGCACCACAUGAACAUGACUGUGGAGCUAGAGCAAGUGGAACCCAAAAAGGGCAAGCCUAUUCUUGAAGCCAUUGCUAAGACGGAUAGGCCUUGUGCUUCGAGGCUGUGCAACUGUUUUACACUGCCAACAUAGCUAAGCCCCAGCGUACCCUUUUUAGUCUGAUGUUUUACAUUUAUGCCAAAGAGGUUUUCCAGCUAGUUGUUUUCAAUCAC